CAUCGGGGACACGUGGUCGGUCCCGCACCCCAGCCAGGGGAAGUAGGGCCUCCCCCAGGGCACGCCACGUGUCUCCCCCAACAUCGGAGACACGUGGCAGGUCCGGCACCUCAGCCAGGGCUGGAACUACAGAGAUGACCGCCAGGAGGAGGCAAGAGGAGGAGGAAGAGACACCGGCCUCACAGAGGAGGCCAGAGGAGGAGGACGAUGGCGAUGAGGGCCCCAGUGGGCGAAUGGGGCGAAGAUUUUCCAGUGAAGAAAAUGCAGCACUGGUUGAUGAAGUGAUCGUGCAAUGGGAUGUGUUAUUUGGAUGUCGAUCCCAUUGCAUCAAUGCUGCCAGACGCAAAAAAUCUGGCAGCUAGUAACGGACAAAGUCAACGCUGUAGGCGCUGUACACAGAGAUCACAACACUGUGUACAAGCGCUUCAGUGACCUGAAGCGUUGGAUGCGGGCGAAGUUUGCUGCCAGGAGAGCAAAGGCCCAGAAGACCGGCGGUGGCCCUUUACCAUCUUUGAGGCUGCAGCCUUAUGAACGCCGGCUUCUGGCCAUUAUGGGCAGAGAGGUGUGUGAAGGUUUAGAAGGCUCACAUGACACAGACUGGAGAACACCACCGCGGACAGUGCCACAACCCACGGACAGUGACCAGGACCAGGACCUUGAUCCUCAGCAGCCCCAGGAAGAGGGUGAGGCUGCAGAGAGCCCUAGAGCCCCACAAGCUCAAGAACAUCGAGCUCCCCGGCGUUCCCAGUCGCCAGCCGUGCUACCUGUGGUGCCCCCCAGACGUGAUGCUGCUGAAGCAGGUGCUGCAGCUCCUGCUGCUGCUGCACCAAUUGGGGGACCACCACAGGAGCAACCACAGCGACUGGCUGAGAGACGUGGGCAGUAUGUGGGGCUUAUGCAACUUCUCAUCCAACAGCAACGCCGCAACAGUCUCUGGAUGCGAAGAUGGUUUGCUCGCAUCCAUGCCGGCUUCCAUGAUGGGAUGCAGAGCAUGGAGCAAACCUUCCAGAGCAUGGAGCAAACCAUCCAAAGAAGCAUCCAGGACCUGGUGGCGGCUAUUCGGGAAGUGGCUCAACAACCACGGGGUUCUGCUGAGGGUCCAGUCCCUGGUCCUGCUGCUGCUCCCCCUCCACCCCCUGCAUCUCCUCAGCAGCGCAGAGGAAGGGGGCGUGGAAGGGGACAAGGUCCUGUCCGAGGGGAUAAGCGCAAACGUCCCUAGCUCCAGUCUGUGUCACUUCUCAAACUGACACUCUUUGCCCAUUUUAUCCUGGCAAAGAACUUCGCCCAAUUCACGCUUCAGGUGUGACUUUGUCCGUUACCCAGCAAUGGGACUGACAUCCAAACAACACAUCCCAUUGUUUUAGACCAUGCUGCAUU